UCUACUGCUGACUCGCUCCUGCAAAUGGGCCCCCUUGGCCUGAUCCUGGCCUCUUUCUCGCGUCCCUGCGCCUUCUUUCCUCCUCCUCACUUUCUUCCCCUGUGCCUCCGCAGCCUGCUGGAAACCAUGUUUCACUACACCGACGAGCCCCGGUUCACCAUAGAGCAGAUCGACCUGCUUCAGCGCUUGCGGCGCACCGGGAUGACGCGGCACGAGAUCCUGCACGCCCUGGAGACCUUUGACCGCCUCGACCAGGAGCACAGUGACAAGUUUGGCCGGCGGUCGGCCUACGGGGCCGGCGGCGGCUCCUGCAGCAACAGCACCAACAACGUGGCCGCCUCGUCCUCCACCGCCACGGCCUCCACGCAGACGCAGCACUCGGGGAUGUCCCCCUCGCCCAGCAACAGCUACGACACCUCCCCGCAGCCCUGCACGACCAACCAGAACGGCCGGGAGAGCAGCGAGCGGCUGUCCGCCUUCAACGGGAAGAUGUCGCCCACGCGGUACCCGCUGGCCAGCAGCAUGGCGCAGAGGUCGUACAGCUUCGAGGCCUCCGAGGAAGACCUGGACGUGGACGACAAGGUGGAGGAGCUGAUGAGGAGGGACAGCACCGUGAUAAAAGAGGAAAUCAAAGCCUUCCUGGCCAACCGGAGGAUUUCGCAAGCCGUCGUAGCGCAGGUAACAGGUAUCAGUCAGAGCCGGAUCUCCCACUGGCUGUUGCAACAGGGAUCGGACCUGAGCGAGCAAAAGAAAAGGGCCUUUUACCGAUGGUACCAGCUUGAGAAGACAAACCCCGGGGCGACGUUAAGCAUGAGGCCGGCCCCGAUCCCGGUAGAAGAACCUGAAUGGAGGCAGACUCCUCCCCCCGUCACAGCUACCUCUGGCACCUUCCGCUUACGGCGGGGAAGUCGGUUCACCUGGCGGAAGGAGUGCUUGGCCGUCAUGGAAAGCUACUUCAAUGAGAAUCAAUAUCCCGAUGAGGCCAAGAGGGAAGAAAUUGCAAAUGCUUGUAAUGCAGUGAUUCAGAAACCAGGGAAGAAACUGUCCGACUUGGAAAGAGUCACCUCUCUCAAAGUGUACAACUGGUUCGCCAACCGAAGGAAGGAAAUCAAGAGGAGAGCAAACAUUGUGGCAGGCGAGAUUCCUUCACCUGCAACCCGGAGGAGUGAGGGAGCGUUAGAAGCAGCAAUCCUGGAGAGUCAUGGCAUAGAUGUUCAAAGUCCCGGAGGCCACUCCAACAGUGACGACAUAGACGGGAAUGACUAUUCGGAGCAGGACACUUGGCAAGUGCGCAAUGGGGAGGAGGAGGGCCGAUGUUCAGAGGGAGGCAGAGAAGCAGAGAAGUUAGAAGAAGACAGGAGGAUCUGCUCAAAACAAGAUGACAGCACUAGUCAUAGCGACCACCAAGACCCUAUCUCACUAGCCGUGGAGAUGGCAGCCGUGAACCACACCAUCCUAGCGUUGGCCCGGCAAGGAACCAGCGAGAUCAAAACAGAGGCCCUGGACGACGACUGAUGACGCGACGGAGGGGGAGGGGCUCCGAAACGAGAAAGUAAACUUAGUUUUUAGCCGUAGCACCUUAGCAGCCUUUUCCGACCCCCCCCCCCAGCCCCACCCCGUGUCCCCCAGC